AAGCGAGAAGAUGAGGCCAGUCGCCUACUUCAGCCUCUGCCUCCUCGGCUGCCUGAUCUUUAACCCCUGGUUGGAAGAAAUUGGGGCCACGUCCUGUCCCAGUGACUGGCUGCUCUACCAAGGCCACUGCUAUGGGUUCUUCCUUGAAAAGAUGACCUGGUCAGACGCUGAGAUGGAGUGUCAGUAUCUCCACAAUGGGGCCCAUCUCACCUCCAUUCUCACUGAGGCAGAAGGGAAAAUGGUGGCCAGAUACAUCACCGAGUCAGACUCCCAGGAUGAUGUCUGGAUUGGACUCCACGACCACCGGAAGAACAGACGCUGGAGGUGGACCGAUGGCUCCCUGUAUCGCUACAAUGCUUGGAACAUUGGGGAACCAAACAACAAGUACGACGAGUAUUGUGUUGAGCUGGUGAGCCACACAGGUUUUAAGGAAUGGAACGAUGCUCCCUGUAACACACAAAACGGCUACAUUUGCAAGUAUGAACUCAAGCGAGGGGAGUCACACGCCUGUGCCUGAAGGGGGAGCUCAGCGCCUGGGCUCCUUGGGCACGAUCAGGCAACGUCCCAGACUUUCCGAUGCCUUUGCUGCAUCGAGGGCCUGUCCCCUCCCUCCCUGAGAGACCAGAUCGCACUUCCCCAGCUGCAAACUCUCUUCCCCCAAGUGUCUCUGUUCUAGUUACACGCCUGCCCCUUCCCCCUCUUCCCCUCAGUGGCUGCAGCCCACGACAAGAAUAAACUCUC